CAGGGAAGCUUCACCUGAUCACCCUUCAAACAAAUCACUCUUCGCUCCGGCUCCGACUCGCACUCUUUCCCCUUCCCUUCCCUUCCCACUCCCAGGCUCCCACUCUCACCCCUUCCGCCUACCCACGCAAACGGCACACGAACUAACAGCCACCUCUCACGUCCCCCACCCUCUGGUUCAUGUCCUGCUGCUCCCCAUGUCGCCUCCACUCGAGCUCGACUACAUAGGCCUCUCGCCGCCGGCGGCAGCCGCCGCCGCUGAAAACGACGAACUGAAGGGUACUGAGCUCCGCCUCGGGCUGCCAGGGUCCGGGUCGCCGGACCGCCGUGUCGUGGCUGCCACCGCGACCACCCUGGACCUGCUCCCGGCCAAGGGCGCCAAGCGCGGGUUUUCUGACGAGGCGCCCCCGCCAUCGCCUGUUGCCACUGCCGGAAAGGGAAAGAAGGUGGCAGAAGAGGAGUACGACGAGAAGAAGGUGGCAGCGACCCCGCAGCCGGCCGCCAAAGCACAGGUGGUGGGAUGGCCACCAGUCUGCAACUACCGCAAGAACACGAUGACUACCACCCAGCUGGAGGGCAGCAAGGAGGAUGGUGAUGCCAAGCAGGGUCAGGGGUUCCUGUACGUCAAGGUCAGCAUGGAUGGCGCGCCGUACCUCAGGAAGAUCGACCUCAAGACUUACAAGAACUACAAGGACCUGUCGACCGCGCUUGAGAAGAUGUUCAGUGGCUUCAGUACUGGCAAGGACGGCUCAUCUGAGUACCGCAAGGAUGGUGAAUAUGUUCUGACUUACGAGGACAAGGAUGGAGAUUGGAUGCUUGUCGGCGACGUACCAUGGGACUGCCACAUCGUCUUUCGCUCCAAUUGUAGGAUGUUCGCCGGCUCCUGCCGCAGGCUCAGGAUCAUGAAAGGCUCAGAUGCGAUUGGACUCGGUAUGUUUGUGCUCCUGUUAUGUCUAGUGUAUCGUCGCGCUAAUCAUGUUGUCUUGGUUGUUUGGUGGAAACGGUGGGAUCGAAGUACGUUCUAUUGUCGGUUGUACAUGAUACAAUUUUUGUUAAGGAGUUCCUGUCCCAUGGUCCUGGUCCCUGCAUGGCUGCAUCACUGGUGGUAGUUCUCUUGGCUCCAAGGGCAGCCGAUAAGUCCAAGAACCGCAACUAGAACGGUGGCUUCCUAUCCUUACACAGUCCGGUACGAGGGAGGAGAUGCAGUGACUUGUAGGGAUCUGUACGAAAACCGAAAAAGUCUACUAACAGCUAUGACUUGUGAGAAGAAUUCUGGCUUAUGGUCUGCACUAGAAUGGCUUGGUACAUCGUCUAUGGACAAAACACGCUAUUCGAUUAAUUGUUGUUAAUUAAGCCUUGGGGGGGGUACGAGUGCUAUUCAUGUAAAUGGUUUGGUGCAUCGUGUGCUGCUGCUGCCUGCUGCUGUUACUACGAUUGAGCUCCCCUAUAAUACUAUGAUUUGAAGAGAGAUGGCGAUGUCAUAUGA